ACCUUACUUUACUAAAUCUCCAAUUCUCGCUUCCAAUGAAAGCCUAGCCUCCGAUUCUUACUUUCUAUGAAAAUUCAUCCUCAUCCUCUCAAUUUGAUGGUGGGCUUUUUUGUUUUUUCCCUUUUUUCCAAGAACCCUAUGAUGAGCAAGAUAGACUGAACUGAGGAAUUGAUUGUAAGACUUAUGUCAGUUUUCCCAACUUGGAAACGUUGAUUAUUUUCGGAUUUGGAAAACAUGAAAAACAAUGAGAUAUGUGAGUCUGGUGCUGAAGAGGAAAGUCAUAUACCUGCACUAACUCAAUCAGAUGAGUCCCCUGAGACUGCACCUCCCUCUAAUAAGGAAUUGCAACCUGGAUCAGGUUUCAGAAACCAGAAAACACGGAAAUUGCCAGAAUGCCUCAAAUUAAAGAAUUCCUUGUCAUCUUUGGUAUCUUUCUGUAAUUUGACGACUCUGGAGGUGUCAAGAUGUCAUAAAUUAGAAAAUUUAGUAACUCCCUCAAUAGCUAACAGCAUGGUGCAACUCAAAAGAAUGAGCAUAACUGAUUGCAAGAAGAUAGAAGAAAUCAUAGCCUGUGAGGGCGAAGAAGUGGAGGACAUUGUUUAUUCCCAACUGAAGUCUCUGAGAUUCCAAUCGUUACCAAGCCUCAGCAGUUUCUGCUCGAGUAAUUACUCCUUCAAAUUCCCAUCUUUGGAUGAAUUGAUCGUAAAAGAAUGCCCUAAAUUGGUGAAUUUCUCUCAUGGUAAGACAGACGCUCCAAUGCUGCGAAAAGUAUGUGAGAGAGGAGGAGAUAAGGGGUACUGGAGAGUUGACCUCAAUACCACCAUAAAUAUGCUUUAUGCAGGAAAGAGAGAGGCUUUGGAGGAGUUUGGGUCUCUGCUUUGGAGGCUAGAUAACCUUUGGGUCCCGUUAUCUGGUGAAGGUCUCUGAGUGUCAUCUUCAAUUUGAAAGCCUUUCGAUUCAAAAUGUAUUGAAAUCAUACCAGGUUUAAUCCCCUAUUUCUAGUUUUCUGCUAUGUUAGCAUUUAUUUUCCCAGUGGUUUGGAUGGUAUCUGAGAUAUUAAUUAAACAAUCAUGUUAUCAUGUUUUUCUUUGGAAUAUUUGUUGGGUUUUAUAUUGUCAUGCAAAUCAAUUCAAAUUUGUCUGGUUUAUUUUAACUUGGAAUAAUUUUGGUGUUCUGCGUGGCAGUUUAGGAAACGUUAGAAAUUGGUUGUCCAAGUAAAAGGUUCCUUUUUUUUUUUUGGCCAAUUCCUUGGCUAAUAAAGUGCAGCAGUCUCUUUCCACCAAUGAAGUUCUGGCCUAAGAGUUAAGGUGGAGGUCAUGUUACUUGCAAGUUUGAUGUUUGAGUCUUGCGUUAUGGAGAUGGUUUGUUAUAGUUUGCAAUUUAGUUUGAUUCGAUUGUACAAUGAUGGAUUAAAAUAUAGAUCGAUUAAUGUU